GGCAGUGUGAGUUCAUCUUAGUGUGACCAAUAAUCAAAGAAGCUACAGAUCAAUGGACUGGAACUCGAAGGUGUCAGGAGCAGCAGGAGGAAGAGCAGGAGGAGGAGGCAGGGCAGGAGCAGCAGGAGGAGGAGCAAGAGAAGGAGACGGAGCAGGAGGAGGUGUCCGUCUCCAUCAGAGGAGGAGGAGGAGCUGGGUGUGGAACCAGUUCUUCGUCCUGGAGGAGAACACCGGAGACGAGCCGCUCUACGUCGGAAAGCUCCACUCUGACGUGGACAGAGGUGAUGGUCGGGUCAGGUACAUCCUGAGCGGGGACGGAGCAAUGUCCGUCUUCACCAUCGACGAGAGGACAGGAGACAUUCAUGCCACCAAGAGGCUGGACCGGGAACAGCAGCCGUACUACACACUGAGAGCACAGGCUCGAGACCACCUCACCAACCUGCCGGUCGAACCCGAGUCCCAGUUCGUCAUCAAAGUCCAGGACAUCAAUGACAACGAGCCCAAGUUCCUUGACGGACCGUACACUGCCAUGGUGGCUGAGAGGUCUCCUGUAGGUGAGUCCAGCACCUGCAGACCAGCAGAGGAGAGCUUUCAUAUAAACCAGGGUUUGGUGUUGGAGAAGCAGCGUACAGUCCUGGUGGGUAAUGAUGAGUCUACCAUCGAUGGACAGGACCCCGACAACGGAGACGAGUCAGAGGGUGUGGUGCGGACAGCUCUACCUGACAUGGACCGAGAGGUGCAGGACUAUUACCUGCUGAUCGUCCAGGCCAAAGACAUGAUUGGUCAGAUGGGUGGUUUGUCCGGAACUACCUCUGUCACAGUGAGGCUGACUGAUGUCAACGACAACCCCCCUCGCUUCCCCCGCAAGAGUUACCAGUUCAGGGUUCCAGAAUCGACACUGGUUUCAGCCGUAGUCGCUAAAAUCAAAGCCCUGGAUCUGGACAUUGGUCCAAACGCUGAGAUGGACUACAGGAUCCUGGAUGGCGAUGGACUGGGAACCUUCAGGAUGAUCACUGAUCCGAACACACAGGAGGGACUGAUCACGCUGCAGAAGACUCUGGAUUUUGAAACCAAGUCGAGCUUCACACUGCGAGUCGAGGCAUCCAAUCGUUACGUGGACACUCGUUUCCUGACCAUGAGUCCAUUCAGCGACGUGGUGACGGUUCGUCUGCUGGUGGAGAACCUGGACGAGCCUCCAGUCUUCUCCUCCUCCGUCAGUCGGAUGGUGAUCUCUGAGGCAGCUCCAGUGGGAACUGAUGUGGGAUCAGUUUCAGCUCACGAUCCCGAUGCCAAGAGCAGUCCCAUCAGGUACUCGAUAGACUGGAAGUCAGACAUGGAGCAUUACUUUGAUGUUGACAGCAGUUCAGGUGUGAUCACAACGGCCCGACCUCUGGACAGAGAGGUCAUCGCUCUACACAACAUCACCGUCCUCGCCAUGGAGAGCCUGGAUCCGUCUCAGGUGGGGAAAGCUGUGGUUCUGGUCUCUGUGACGGACGUUAACGACAAUGCUCCAAGCUUCGCCGUUGAGUACGAAACCUUCGUCUGUGAGAACAGCCAACCUGGACAGACGCUGGACAUGUCGCUGGAAAACUUUUUCAUUAUGCCUAAGAAGAGAGAUAAUCAGAAAAAGAACAACAAGUCGGCGGCUAGCAAAGCGCUAGCUAACCCAGACGACGACACAGAGCCAGAGCUAGCUAACGAAGAAGAGCCAGAAUCCUGUACCGAGUCCGCCUGCCCCACUAGCGAUGACACAGUGGUUCAGCAGGUGACGCGUAAUAUUAAGAAGAUGCUGGACACUACACUUGAUAAUAUCCUGAAACCAGUCACAGAGAUGUCAGAAAAGCUAGACAAGCUAGUGGACAGACUGGGGACGGUGGAACAGCGAGUGUCCGACUUGGAGGAUAAUGCAGCGGCUAAUGCACCACGGCUUGACUCGGUGGAGUCAGAGCUGAAAAAAGCAAUGGAAAAACUCGAGAAUUAUGAGAACCAGAGUCGACGACAAAACAUCAGAAUUAUUGGACUGAAAGAAGGCACUGAAGGCAAGGAUCCACCCGUGUUUUUUGAGAAGUGGAUUCCCGAGGUCUUGAACAUGGACAUGCAAGGAGAGCGGCUGAAAAUAGAACGAGCUCAUCGUGCGGGACCUCCACUGGGAUCCACGGGCAAACAGGGCCUGGUGAGGCUUCACGACUACACGGACAGACAGAGGAUUUUACGCGCAGCAAGAAACAAGGGCAGAGUCACGAUGGAUGGCCAAGUAGUGUCUUUUUACCAGAACUUUUCUGCUGAGAUUGUAAAAUGA